AUGUUGGAGAAUUACAGCCACCUUGUGUUCCUGGGUCUUCCUUCCUCUAAGUCAUUCCUAGUCACCUUUCUGGAGCAAAGACAACAGCCUGCAAAUGUGAAGAGACAAGCAGCUGCCACCAUGCACCCAGGAGAGAAACCCUGUAAGUGUCAAGAGUGUGACAAGUCCUUCCAUUAUCCAUCAUUACUUUCUAAACACAAGAGGAUUCACACAGGAGAGAAGCCCUACAAGUGUGAAGUGUGUGGCAAGGCCUUCCGUGCUCCAAUAUUACUUUUGGAACAUGAGAGGAUGCAUAGAGGAGAGAAACCCUACAAGUGUGAAGUAUGUGGCAAGGCCUUCCAUUGCCCAUCAGGACUGUAUAAACAUAAGAUAAUUCGUAUAACAGAGAAACCCUACAAGUGUGAAGUAUGUAACAAGGCAUUUCCUUUGCCAACAUUACUUUCUAAACACAGUAGAAUUCAUACAGAAGAAAAACCCUACAAGUGUGAAAUAUGUAGCAAGGCCUUUCAUUCAGCAUCAUUAUUUUCUGUACACAAGAGUCUUCAUACAGGAGAGAAACCCUACAAGUGUGAGGUAUGUGGCAAGGCCUUCCAUGUUUCAUCAUCACUUUCUAAACACAAGAAAAUUCAUACAGGAGAGAAACCAUACAAGUGUGAAGUAUGUGACAAGGCCUUCCAUAUUUCAUCAUUACUUUCUAAUCACAAGAGAAUUCAUACAGAAGAGAAACUCCACAAAUGCGAAGUUUGUGACAAGGCCUUCCAUUAUCCAUCAAUACUUUAUAAACAUAAGAAAAUCCACACAGGAGAGAAACCCUACAAAUGUGAAAUCUGUAGCAAGGCCUUUUGUUUACCAUCAGUACUUUCAGGACAUAAGAAAAUUCAUACAGGGGAGGAACCCUACAAGUACAAAGGGUGUGGCAAGGCCUUCCGUUUGCCAUCAUUACUUUCAGUACAUAACAGAAUUCAUACAGGAGAGAAGCCAUACAAGUGUGAAAUACGUGGCAAGACCUUCCGUAUUUCAUCGUUACUUUACAAGCACAAGAGAAUUCAUACAGGAGAGAAACCCUACAAGUGUGAAAUACGUGGCAAGGCCUUCCAUUAUCCUUCCUUACUUUCUAAACACAAUAGAAUUCACACAGGAGAAAAAUCCUAGAAGUGUCAAGUGUGUGGCAAGGACUUUCAUUGUCGAUCAUUACUUUCUAAACACAAGAAAAUACAUACGGGAGAGAAACCCUACAAAUGUGAAGUUUGUGGCAAGGCGUUCCAUUGUUCAUCAUUACUUUCUAUACACAAGAGAACACAUACAGGAAGAAAACCUCUACAUAUAGUAAAGCCCUACAAGUGUGAAGAUUGUGGCAAGGCCUUUCAUGUUCCAUCAUUACUUUCUGAACACAAGAGAAUUCAUACAGAAGAAAACCCCUACAAAUGCCAAGUAUAUGGCAAGGCCUUCCAUUAUUCAACGUUACUUUCUGUACACAAGAGUCUUCAUACAGGAGAGAAACCCUACAAAUGUGAAGUAUGUGGCAAGGCCUUCCAUUUACCAUCAUUACUUUCAGGACACAAGAGACUUCAUACAGGAGAAAAAUACUAUAAGUGUGAAGUAUGUGGGAAAAUCUUCCAUUUACCAUCAUUACUUUCAGAGCACAACAGAAUUCACACAGGAGAGAAGCCAUACAAGUGUGAAUUGUGUGGCAAGGCCUUCCGUAUUUCAUCGUUACUUUCUAAACACAAGAGAAUUCAUACAGAAGAGAGACCCUACCAGUGUGAAGUGUGUGGCAAGGCCUUCCAUUACCCAUCAGUACUUUCUAACCACAAAAGAAUUCAUACAGGAGAGAAACCCUACAAGUGUCAAGUAUGUGGCUUGACCUUCCAUUAUCCAUCAAUACUUUGUAAACAUAUGAAAAUUCAUACAGGAGAGAAACCCUACAAAUGUGAAGUAUGUGGCAAGGCCUUCCGCAUUUUAUCACUACUUUCUGGACACAAGAGAAUCCAUACUGGAGAGAAACCAUACAAGUGUGAAGUGUGUGGCAAGGCUUUCCGUUUACCAUCAUUACGUUCAGAACACAGCACAAUUCAUACGGGAGAGAAACCUUACAAGUGUGAAGUGUGUGGCAAGGCCUUCCGUAUUUCAUCAUUACUUUCUAGACACAAUAGAAUUCAUACAGCAGAGAAGCCCUACAAGUGUGAAGUGUGUGGCAAGGCCUUCCGUGUCCCAUCAGUACUUUCUAACCACAAGAGUCUUCAUACAAGAGAGAAGCCCUACAAGUGUGAAGUUUGUGGCAAGGCUUUCCAUGUUCCAUCAUUACUUUCUAAACACAAGAGAAUUCACACAGGAGAGAAACCCUACAAAUGUGAAGUUUGUUGCAAGGCCUUUCAUUGUCAAGCAUUACUUUCUAAACACAAGAAAAUACAUACAGGAGAGAAACCCUACAAAUGUGAAGUUUGUUGCAAGGCGUUCAAAAGUCCCUCGGAACUUUCUAUACAUAAGAGACUUCAUACAGGAGAGAAACCCUACAAAUGUGAAGAUUGUGGCAAGGCGUACAGUCGUCCAUCAAAACUUUCUAUACACAAGAGUCUUCAUACAGGAGAGAAACCCUACAAAUGUGAAGACUGUGGCAAGGCCUUCCAUUUACCAUCAUUACUUUCAGAACACAACAGAAUUCACACAGGAGAGAAACCUUACAAGUGUGAAGUGUGUGGCAAGGCCUUUCGUAUUUCAUCAUUUCUUUCUAAACACAAUAAAAUUCAUACAGGAGAGAGACCCUACAAGUGUGAGGUGUGUGGCAAGGCCUUCCAUGUCCCAUCAGUACUUUCUAACCACAAGAGUCUUCAUACAGGAGAGACACCCUACAAGUGUGAGGUGUGUGGCAAAGCCUUCAGUUAUCCAUCAUUACUUUCUAAACACAAGAGAAUACAUACAAGAGAGAAACCCUACAAAUGAGAAUAAAGUAUGUAAUAAGGCCUUUCAUUGUCAAUCAUUACUUUCUAAACACAAGAGAAUACAUAGAGAAUACAUACAGGAGAGAAACCCUACCAAUGUGAAGUUUGUUUCAAGGCGUACAAAAGUCCAUCAGAACUUUCUAUACACAAGAGACUUCAUACAGGAGAAAAACCCCUACAGAUGUGAAGUUUGUGGCAAGGUGUACAAUUG